AAUCUAUGGAUUGAUGAAACAAUUAAGAAAUGUUUAUCUUUUUAUAAAUGUCACUAGAUGACGCCACCAAUUUAAACUUUCCUUUUCCUCGGGAAAGAUCCGAGAUAAGUAUUUUUUCGCUGAUCUUGUUCUGAACAAAUACAAACAGCCUGAAACGUUGGCAGUCAAUUACCAGCUUAUUUAUAAAAUAUAUUAUGCAAUGCUGUCUAUGGUUAUGCUUAUAAAGCAUACAGAAUUAUCGUAAAAUCCUUAUUAUUUAAUGCUUUCUUUAAAUCAAUUCUGGAUAUUAUACUAAUCAAGACAUUAGUCCAUUUUGAGAGUAAUAUUUUCAACUCAUAUAAUAUAAAUUAUUUUAAAAGAUUAUAUCUAUUGGAUAUUUUUCCAUCAUAUAAAAUGAACAUGUCUAAUCGUAUUCUGGGUAACAUUAAGAAAAUAAAUGUUUCCUAUUUGAAAAACACAGAAUUUUUAUACAAAAGAAGAACAGAAUGUCUUCGUUAUUUAUGUUCUAAGAAUUUAGAGCUGUCAAAACAUCAGUCAUCAAAUGAAGUUCCAUGGACACCAGUUUACCGUUACAGAUUCAUCAUUACUGCUGGAAUUCUGAAUCGUUUUAAACUUUACCAAACAGUAGUUUCAGCUGUAUUCAUACCUAUUUCUUCAAUACUCUAUCAUUAUGGUGCUGUUGAGUUUUCUGUUGUAAAAGUUUUUAUAGGAUGUGGAGUAUUGGCAGGCUUGACUUUAUAUCCAAUAACAUGGUUUUUUAGAAAACUAAUUGGAAUUAUUUUUGUGUCUGAGGACAAUAGAAUUGUUAAAGUAUCUCAUUUAUCAUUUUGGGGUAAAAGAAUAAACAUUGUUGUUCCUACUGAAAAUAUUAUACCUUUAACAGAUUGUGAAUAUAAUCCAAAAGAUAUAUAUGUCCGAUUCCAAAGAUAUGAUGUAAAGGAUGUGCUUUUUUUCACUUUAAAAUAUGGAGAGGUUUUAAACAAGGAAAAAUUUCAACAUGUAUUUGGUGAUUUAAAAUUAUUAGGUUAUUCUGACAAUAAAACAUAAAUAAAAAUAGAUUUUUAGCUUUAUUUAUUUUUUACUGAUUUAUAUAAUUAAUUACGUUACCAUAAAGAACUUUUUCAUAUUACACCAACUACUUGCCAAGGUGCCAAAACAGUUUUAAACUUGCAAAAAAAAAUUUAAGAAAAUCUGUAAAGGUUUGCCUGAGAGUAGACACAAGUUAUACUCUUCAAAUCAAAUUACAUUCAGUUUAUGGACUUAUGCUGCCUGCGACUUUAUAACCAUAUUCCUUAACAUACCCUUCAAGUUGGCCCCCUUCUGUUAUGCUUUUUAAAGUUUCUCUUAAAAUUUGACAACGGUUAGUUACGGAUACAAAAAUAUUUCGUGUAGUACAGAUACAGAAUAAAUAUAUUUCUUGAAAAUCUGAACAGGGAAAAUUGGUCAUUCUGAGUUUUGCAUCAUGAAUUGAAAAGAUCCACAAGUCAUCCUCAGUAAAGUAGGAUCUAUCAUAUCAGUUGAUCUAAAGCCAAUGUAUUUAACGAUAAGGCUAUUUGAAGACUAAGGAUAGUUAUUCUUAGUUUCCUAAGAAAUUAUUUAAUAUACUCUUAAAUAUCAAGUCUAGUGACUAUAAUCUGUAAAUCAGAAAAGGUUCUGUCAGUGUUAGGAAAUUAAAAAGUAAUAGAUUUAAUUUUUUCAGAUAAUAUAGAGCACCUACACAAAAAACUAUUUCAGUGGUCACAGCAGGUCAUUAAAAGAACUUUUUUUAGGUCAGGUCACUAUGUUAUUAGAAGUCUAUUUUUCCAUAAAAUAAACAAAAAUUUUUCUCAAGCUCAAAAAAAUCACUAAAUGUGCCGCUAUUAAUGCCAUUUGGUGGCAUUCUGUAAAAAAAAAUUAUGUAAGUAAAUUUUCUUAAUGCAAAAUUUUGCUUAAUUCUAAUAAAUCAGAUGAAACCAUGAAAAAAAAUAACCUGAUAUCAUUUUAGUAAAUUCAUUUGAAUACCUUAACACAGGGCUAUGCAACUGCAACAUGACAUUCUGGCCCGUGGACAUGAGUCCACGGGCCAGAAUUCUAGUCACUGAUCACUUGGCGGGCCGCAGUUUGAAAAAGUUGAACAAUAACCUCUUUUACAAUAACAAUUAAUAGUUGAAUUAUUAAUUAUGAAACAAUGGAACAGAAGGAUUAUAAAACAAUUUGCUUACAUUUUAAUGAGAAAACUGAGGCUGAUCAGCCUUCUUUACAAGGGCAGGAAUGUCAACAUUGAUGUUUGUCAUUGCCAGCCGAAGAGAGUCUAACAAUGAACUGUCGGAGAGAGAGCUCCUGUAACGAUUCUUGAUAAACUUCAUUGCCGAAAAAGCAUUUUCGCAUAAAUAUGUGCUCCCAAACAUGGAAGUUAUUUUCAGUCCUAAGUCACGUUCAGUUGGAAGCAACUUGAAGAACUCGGGCCCCCUUUUGGUUCUUGUUUGAAAGAACGGGUCAGCCUGGAGAUCGCAGAGCUCUGUUUGUAGGUUGGCCGGUUGUUCUUCAAUGCUUGCUGUGACUGGAUUACUAAACAGAGCCACGUCAUUCUUGAUGCUCUCAAAAUCUGAAAAUCUUGUGUUGAAUUCAUCAAUAAUUGUCUGCAACUCAGGGCAAAAUUCAGAGAAAUCUAGCAGUUCCUCACACUCUGACGCUAAACGACUGCAGCUGGCGAAGUGAGAUAAGUUAUUUUUUCCAAAAGUUGCAUGGAAAAUUUUCAGCUUGUUUCUAAACCCAUUGAUGUGUGCCAUUAGGUCAGACACCAGUUGGCCUCUUCCUUGUAGUUUUAAGUUCACAUCGUUGAGGUGGCCAGUAAUAUCAAUUAGAAAUGCCAAGUGACAUGAAAAAUCCAUGCUUAAAAGUUCUUGUUCAAGGUUUUCUGAUGGAGAAAACUGGUGAAGGAAAAGAGGGAUUUCUUUUCUCAACUCGAAAAAUCUUGUGAGGCAGUUUCCGGCACUAAGCCACCUAACUUGAUUGUACAUAAGCUGGUCGCCGUAAUCUGCUUCACUUUCCAUCAAAAAGUGACGGAACUGCCGAUGCAUAAGAGCCCUGUUGUCGCCUCUGAUCAUGUUGUUGACUUUCACAACUUUUUGGGGGGUUUCAGUUUGCUUCACCGAUUUCCCGCAUAAAUCAUGCUGGUGAAUGAUGCAAUGAAGUGCAGGGCAUUUCAUUCCAUUUUCUCUCCAACAUCCAAUCAAUCCUAUCUUUGGUCCUACCAUUGCCUUUGCACCGUCUGUAGCUAGGACGGAACACUUUUCAAAACCUCCGACACUGUUUACUGCUUUCAUCACUUCUUCAAAUAUGUCCCUACCCUUUGUUGUGGAGUGAAGAGAACACAUGGUAAUGAGCUCCUUCUUGAUAUACUAUCAAAUUUCGAAAAAAGAAAUAUGCUGAAUAUGAAGUUGGCGGGCCGCCAGUUGGACAGCUGUGCCUUAACACAUUGAUUGCCAGAUUUGGAAACCUGUUUAUGUCAGCUAAUGAUUUUCUUUGUUGCAUGUUCUUAGUGACUGAUGAUCACUGUCUGCAUUUAAGCAAAUAAUAAAACCACAGGGUUGGGGUUUUGGAUGUCCUAAACUGGUUUUGAACAGGACACGUGGCUUUUACUUUCUUAAACUGGGUAAAACUGUCCUAAACUGGGUAAAACUG